AAGAUGAUCAAUACACCAAUUGAAAAAAGACAAAAAAAGUAACGACCUCUCCGACCACUAAACCUCAUGGUGUACGUAGUUUAAUAUUUCUCCUUUCCUUUAUAAAGCAAUAAAGCUAUAAUAAUAGAAGUUGGAAUAUCUAAACCAGUUAGGUGUUCAUCCAUUUCUUCUUUUGAAGAACAAAAAAGGCUUACAAAGUAAUCACAUAGUACUAAAUUAUGGAAGCUCUUACCUUAACCCUCACAUUUUCUAUCAUCACUGCCUUCUCACAAGCAACACCAACAUUAGUCACUCAUCCUCAACCUCAAAUGAAUCUAUCUUCCAUGCUUAACCAUACCCAACAACAUAUUAAUGAGACCAAAUUGAUCGAUGGUAGAGGUGGAUUCCAUCAUGAUAGGGGUAGGUUCACCAAUAGAUGUGACUACCUGAUCACCAUAAAGACAAGUUGCGAUUCUCCAACAAAUACAAAAGAUGAAAUCAGUGUUUUAUUUGGAGAUGCUUAUGGAGCUGAGGUUUAUGUACCAAAACUGGUUGGUCCUUAUGGUUGUGAGCCCUUUAAGAAGUGCAGCACUUUUUCAUUUGAGGUAAUGGGACAAUGCAUUAGCAACAUUUGCCAACUGUACCUAUAUAGGAAAGGAACAAAUGGUUGGGUACCAGAGACUGUGGUAGUAUAUGACUAUAAUUACCCUCCUGUCAUAUUUAAUUACAAUUAUUAUCUUUCCGAUGGUCCUGGCACUGGUUACAACUAUUGCCCUAAACCUUAAUGUGGCUUGGGUAGCCUCAAAUAAGGCUGCUCCGAAUAAGUGAGUGUUUGGUUCUGCGUUUCAAAACCAAGUCGAUCAUAAAAUCAUGUCUGUAUGUAAACCAAAAUUUGUAGCUUCAUGUAGACGAGCGAAUAGAGCUCCUUCUAAACAUAGUAUAAGUGUAAAUUUUUUACCCACUGAUAAGUGUUUAAAUAAUAUAUGUAAGUUUUAUCAAAA